AUGAUUCAAUGGAGAAAUGACACCAGAGUAAAAGAAUUUAUAUUUCUGGGUCUUACUCAGUCCCAACACCUGAGCCUGGUCUUAUUCCUUGUCUUGUGUUUUGUGUACAUCACAACUCUUCUGGGGAAUCUCCUCAUCAUGAUCACCGUGACCUUUGAGUCCCGUCUCCACACACCCAUGUACUUCCUGCUCAGAAACCUUGCCAUCCUGGACAUCUGCUUCUCCUCCAUCACAGCCCCUAAGGUUUUGGUGGACCUUCUAUCAAAGAAAAAGACAAUUUCCUACACAAAGUGCAUGACACAGAUAUUUUUCUUCCACCUGCUUGGUGGGGCAGACAUUUUCUCUCUCUCUGUGAUGGCAUUUGAUCGUUACCUGGCCAUCUCAAAGCCCCUUCACUAUGUGACCAUCAUGAGUAGUAGGUGGUGCACAGCCCUCAUUGCGGCCUCCUGGGUGGGGGGAUUUGUUCACUCCAUUGUGCAAAUCUCCCUCUUGCUCCCACUCCCCUUCUGUGGACCCAAUGUUCUUGAUACUUUCUACUGCGAUGUCCCACAGGUUCUCAAACUCGCUUGCACUGACACUUUUGUCCUUGAGCUCCUGAUGAUCUCAAACAACGGCCUGGUAACUACCCUAUGGUUUAUCUUCCUGCUGGUGUCCUACAUGGUCAUCCUGAUGAUGUUGAGGUCUCAGGCAGGGGAGGAUAGGAGGAAAGCCAUCUCCACCUGCACCUCCCAUAUCACUGUGGUCACCCUACAUUUUGUGCCCUGCAUCUAUGUCUAUGCCCGGCCCUUCACUGCCCUCCCCACAGAUAAAGCCAUCUCAGUCACCUUCACAGUCAUCUCCCCUCUGUUGAACCCCUUGAUCUACACUCUGAGGAACCAGGAGAUGAAGUCAGCCAUGAGGAGACUAAAAAGAAAACUCACACCUCUUGAAAAAUAA